UUGCAUGUUAAAUCAGCUUACAUUACGAUUAAUUGACAAAACCUACAUAAUCCGCAACUAAUAUUGAAGCCGGGUUAUCCGCAAACUGUGGCACCUGGAUAAACGAGAGUCAACUGUAGUUAAUUUACAAUAGUUUAACCGCUGUCCUCUGGAAAACCUAAUGGAUCUGUGAAAUAAGAAGGCAUUUGACUCAAAGAGAAUUCUAAGCAAAUUCUAGAUUCGUAGCGUUUCAGUAUUCCUUAUUUCAUGGAACCUUUCCAGGUUUUAUACGUCCUUUUCAGAUUGGCCCAUGCUCUUUUUGAAUCUUCGCUAAGGUUUUUUUUUAUAAGAAACACUGCAGUCAACUGACCUAAAUUAUUUGGUAGUGCUUAUUAUUCGAUAUCUUAGCUGUAGAUUCAUCCAUUGUACACCAGAUGAAGAAGAUGAAUAUAAAAAAAAUGGCGAAAUGUCGAAUCAAAUACUAGCGGAAGCAACGCGCAAAGCUCAGUUACCUGGUACUUAUCCAGUUUGUAAUCAGUAUCGAAAAGGUUUAUGCAGGCGAGUCUUGUGCAAAUUUCGACAUAUAAGCAAAGAAGAGGAGGAGGCAGAAAUUUUGGAUAUCAUACACACUAAUACGCAUACUAAGCACUGCUUCGAUCUUCCUAACUUUAUUGUAAAUAAUAAUUUAGAUAGUUCUCAUUCUAAAGUUAUAAUCACACAACCAGGGAUCUCGAGGUGGAGUAAUGUUCCACUGGAAGAAACCGAAGUUGGUCCUCCGGCUCCAAAGCGGCGCUUUAUAGCAUCAAAUGAGAUAGAGUACCUGGAUAGUGAUUGUAACAGAAGGCUCCCAUUGUUUAAAGGUUAUUUUGCUGGAAGUCCUCCGAUGUUAAGUGGUGUUGAUGCGAGAACGAUAAUGUUAGAGGAAGAGAAUAGCUUGCUUCACAAAGAAAUUGCGCAACUUAAACGACAGGUAUCUGACUUGACGGCCACAAAUGAAUUCCUCCUAGAUCAAAAUGCUACAUUACGAGUUUCAAGCAAACGUAAUGGGUCAGUGUCCGUGCCGGCUGUAACAAUCACCAAUACUUUACCACAGAAUAACACUCCUCCUCAAGCGCAGCAAGUGAUUCGUACCGUUACAGCAAGUGUAGCCACAGUUCCAGUGUCUAUAGCAACUGUAUCUACAGGCACUCCUGUGUCCGCAAAUCAUGUGUCAAUUGCUGGAUGUCCGGCCGUUAGUAUCGCGCCUGCGCAAAUUUUGGCACCUAGUCAGCAAAUACUUGUGACAACUAAUCCUCCAUCUCAAUUGGCAAUAGCAAACAGUUCCCAAGCGCAAUUGGCGAUCGCGCAGCAGAAUCUCGCCAAUAAUUUGGCGGCCCAACAAGGCCAAUCGCAGUUAACAUCUCAAGCCCAACAACUGGCACUGGCAAGUUCACAGCAGCUAACCUCACAAGCCCCGCAUGUCGCCAAUCAGCAACUGGUCCUCGCCAGUGCGUCUCAAGGUCAACAGCUCACAAUCGCAAACAGCACGCAACAACUCGGUCAGCAACUAACGUCCCAGGCGCAACUUACGUCUCAAGCUCAACAGUUAGCGUUGGCAAAUACCCCGCAACAAUUGGCAGUCGCCAAUGUCUCUCAACAGUUAGCCCUUGCCAGUACCAACCAACAAUUGCUGGCACAACAAAAUUUGGCUUCCACGCAACAGCUGGAACUGCAUAGAAACAAUCAAAUCACUGCGAUAAACACUUCCCAGGCAAUUGCACUGUCAAAUGCCACUCAACCGAUGGUUUCGUACCCAAUUAUGACUCAAAGUAUGACCCACGCUUUGACACAUUAGCAACUGUAUCUUCACUGUGAUAUAGCAGUAAAGAAGUGUAAUUUUAAUUACCUCUUAGACUAGAUUUGUUUAAUUGAAAAACUUCAGUGCGUAUGAACUUAAAGAAAACUUCAAGAGUUUGCCAUCCUAGUAAGUAGGUAAACUUUAAGAAGUAGAUAGUCCUGCUCGAAGUUCUAAAAUAAAAACUGUAUUUGGUAA